UUAAGCACUUAAAACUGUUUUCAUGUAGAAACAACCUGUGAAGGCUGGUAAGGGUUUGAAGAAGAGGAAAAGGGUAGUAGCCGUUGAUGAAGAGGAGUUAUUUAUUAUCGACUUCAAGAAGCUGCCGAAAGAUUACCCUGCAGCGUGCAAGUGCUUGUGGUUGUGGGCGAAAGACAAUUUGGCAAAUGGGAAGACAAUCUCCUUUCAGAUGGAAGACAAAGUUUUUGGCAUCAACAAAAACCAAUAUGUGUUUAAGGCAGAUAUUCAUGCCUUGUGUACCAUGGGUGAAUUGUCGGGUGGAGUGAUCUGCAUGUACAUGCUCUACUUGCAUGAAGUCUUAAAGAGAGCAAAGAUGUCAGAGAUGGUCGGCUGUGUGGACCCUUCACAGCUUGGCGCACUUGGAUGUGGAAAUCCAACAGAAAGAUCACGCCAUCUUGCAAAUAGGUUCCAAAAUGCAAAGAAAUGGCAGAUUUUUAUGUUGCCAUAUAAUGCAGGGCACUGGAUGUUGACUGUUGUUAAUCCAGAUGAAGAAACAAUCUACUUCAUGGAUCCUUUGAGGCGUCGACUAAUAGGUGACGAAUGGGAGAAGGUUGUGGAGAAUGGUAUCAAAAUUUACAAUGCUCACAGGAAUAGAUCUAGCCGCAAAUCAAUAUUGUGGCAAAACAUGGCGGUAUGUCUAGCUAGUAUUCAUUUGUAGGUUUACACUUUCUACUUUGGUUGGUACAUAUGAUGGUUAGUGCACUGCUGAGCUCUUGUAAUGUACUAUUUUUAGGGUAUUCCGGUGCAGCAAACUGAUAAGGAUUGUGCCAUAUUCA